CCAAACCCCACCCUAUUUCUCUCGUUGUAAAUAAAUGCUCAUUCGUGCGUUUCUAACACUCACUUUCUCUAGAGCUGUACACUUGUAUCCUCUCCCGUCUUGACAUCUCCCAAUUUAAAGCAUCUUCUGUCAUCCCCUAUAAGGGAAGCAAUGGUGAUGUUCAAGGUUUCUCGAGUCACAACUUCGCCGUUUGAUGGCCAGAAACCGGGAACUUCUGGCCUCAGGAAGAAGGUGAAAGUAUUCAAGCAACAAAAUUACUUGCACAAUUUUGUUCAGGCAUCAUUCAACGCCCUUUCACAAGACAAAAUAAGGGGCAUGACACUUGUUGUUUCUGGUGAUGGCCGCUAUUUCUCGAAGGAUGCCAUUCAGAUUAUAAUUAAGAUGGCAGCUGCAAAUGGAGUGAGAUCUGUCUGGGUUGGUCAAAAGGGGUUGCUUUCAACUCCUGCUGUAUCAGCUGUCAUCCGUGAAAGAGUGGGGAAAGAUGGAACCAAGGCAUCAGGAGCAUUUAUACUGACAGCAAGUCACAAUCCAGGUGGUCCCAAUGAGGAUUUUGGAAUUAAGUACAACAUGGAAAAUGGUGGACCUGCUCCAGAGGCAAUUACUGAUAAGAUCUAUGAGAACACAAAAUCCAUAAAGGAGUAUAUAAUUGCAGAAGAUCUUCCUGAUGUGGAUAUCUCUGCAAUAGGCACUACAAACUUCACGGGGCCUGAGGGACAAUUUGAUGUCGAGGUUUUUGAUUCAGCAUUUGAUUAUGUGAAAUUGAUGAAGUCAAUUUUUGAUUUCCAAUCUAUCCAAAAGCUGCUCUCAUCACCAAAAUUCACAUUCUGUUAUGAUGCACUGCAUGGAGUUGGUGGAGCUUAUGCAAAGCGUAUAUUUGUUGAAGAGCUUGGUGCGCAAGAAAGCUCAUUGCUGAAUUGUGUUCCCAAGGAAGACUUUGGAGGAGGGCAUCCAGAUCCUAAUCUAACCUAUGCAAAGGAGUUGGUUGCAUGUAUGGGAUUGGGUAAAUCAGAUGCUAAAAAUGAACCACCAGAGUUUGGUGCCGCUUCAGAUGGUGAUGCGGAUCGUAACAUGAUCCUUGGCAAAAGGUUUUUUGUUACUCCAUCAGAUUCUGUUGCUAUCAUUGCUGCAAAUGCAGUUGACGCAAUACCCUAUUUCUCUGCUGGUUUAAAGGGAGUUGCCAGGAGUAUGCCCACUUCUGCUGCUCUUGAUGUUGUAGCCAAACAUUUAAAUCUGAAAUUUUUUGAGGUCCCAACUGGCUGGAAAUUUUUUGGUAACUUAAUGGAUGCUGGAUUAUGUUCAAUUUGUGGUGAAGAAAGUUUUGGAACUGGUUCGGACCACAUUCGUGAGAAAGAUGGAAUCUGGGCCGUUUUAGCUUGGCUUUCUAUUCUCGCUUAUAAAAAUAAGGAAAACCUUGGUGGAGCAAAGCUUGUUACUGUUGAAGAAAUAGUUCGCAAGCAUUGGGCUACCUAUGGUCGCCACUAUUAUACUCGAUAUGACUACGAGAAUGUUGAUGCAGGUGCUGCAAAAGAACUAAUGGCAUCUUUGGUCAAACUUCAAUCUUCCCUUCCAGAAGUUAAUAAGAUCAUAAAAGGAAUACGCUCAGAUGUCUCAAAUGUUGCGAAAGCUGAUGAAUUUGAAUACAAAGAUCCUGUUGAUGGUUCCAUCUCAAAGCAUCAGGGUAUUCGAUAUAUGUUUGAAGAUGGGUCACGAUUGAUUUUCCGCCUCUCGGGAACUGGCUCAGAAGGUGCAACCAUCCGUGUCUAUAUUGAGCAGUAUGAGAAGGAUUCGUCAAAGACUGGGAGGGAUUCUCAAGAUGCCCUUGGUCCUCUUGUGGAGGUUGCUCUCAAGCUUUCUAAGAUGCAGGAAUUCACAGGCCGUUCUGCUCCCACUGUUAUCACAUAGAUGCACACUGCUGCUGUACACAACAAAAAGAUUGUAAGUUUAAUUAUUAAGGGGCUACUCCUGGUGUCAUUUUGUACCUUCUGAGGUUUUGUCAACUCUAUCAUACCAAAUUAGAUACCUACAUAAGCGGUCAUUCUGUGGUCUGAGCACCGACGACCAAAUGCUUUGCUGAUUUUGUUUUCUGAUAUUCAGAAUAAUGUUGAGAGUUCCCCGACUUCGCUAUCAAUUUUGUAAUGUUCAGAAUAACGAGGAUUGAACUCACUUGGUCCUCUUUGUUGGGCCUCUAGUCUCUUAUAAGCAUUCAUUUACAGUAAAA